AUGUUGUUAAGAUUUGAAUCGAAAUGGGGUCAGUUUCGACUGAAUGUUGAGCCCACCGCACACUUCUCCUCCUUGACUUCUCUGAUCCUUGAUCAACUUCCUCCAGAUACCGAUGCCGCCUCUAUAGUACUCAGCAAUAAGCCCGUGAGCUCGAAACCAGACCCUGAGCGUGAGAGACGCUUGAAGGAUCUCCCUGGAGUUGAGCUGCACCAAGUUAAUCUAAAACAUGGGGAUAAGUUAUACCUAGGAUAUUCCGAGGUAAAGAACCUCUCAAACGGCCAUGCGAGCCACGUCAACGACGCCUCACCUCCACCUGCACGCCGCCUCAACGGAACCAUUGCCCUCCCCGAUGUCUCGGUCCCCAUUACCGCCCCCGCAGUCACAUCUCCUACUCUAAUACGAAAACCUUGGGAAGUUAUCAAGCAGUCUCCUCUCGAUGAUCGUUUGGACAAACUCGAUGGCAAGAUAUCUAGACCGCGAGAUCAGAAGAUGUGUCGACAUGGUCCCAAGGGCAUGUGUGACUACUGUCAGCCACUGGAACCUUACGACAAGAAUUACUUGGCUGAGAGAAAGAUCAAACAUUUGUCAUUUCAUGGAUACCUGAGGAAGAUCAAUUCGGCGACGAAUAAGCCUGAACUCAAGAGUUCAUAUAUGCCACCACUUUCGGAGCCGUAUUAUCGAGUGAAGAAGAACUGCCCCUCGGGCCAUCCACCUUGGCCUGAAGGUAUUUGUACCAAGUGCCAGCCGGGCGCCAUCACGUUACACCCACAAGAAUUUCGAAUGGUGGACCAUGUGGAGUUUGCCUCGCCUAACAUGGUGGACAAAUUGAUCGACUUUUGGCGAAAGUCGGGCGGUCAACGACUCGGAUUUCUUUAUGGGCGUUACGAGGAAUACCCAGAGGUACCCCUCGGAACCAAAGUUGUGGUUGAAGCUGUCUAUGAGCCUCCACAAGUCUGUGAAAUUGACGGCUUGACGUUACUCGAAUGGCUGAACGAAAAGGAUGUUGACGCUGUGGCUGGAGCUUGUGGUCUCGAGCGCGUGGGAGUCAUCUACACCGACCUGAUGCCUCCAGACAACGAGACUGGACAGGCUCUUUGCCGCCGUCAUAUUGAUUCUUACUUUUUGCCAUCUUUAGAGAUCGCAUUUGCAGCGCGGCUUCAAGCACAAUACCCUACACCUUCGAAAUGGAGCGAAACAGGACGGUUUGGAUCUCGGUUUGUCACGUGUGUUGUCACUGGCGAUCAAGAUGAAAGCAUCACUAUCAAUGCAUAUCAGGCGUCGAACGCAGCUGUUGAAAUGGUGCGAGCGGAUAUUGUUGAGCCUUCGGCAGACCCAACUGUGAUGCUGGUUCAAUCAGAGGAUGAUGAGAUAACUGGGUCCCGGACGCGAUACAUCCCCGAGGUUUUCUAUCGACGUAUCAAUGAAUACGGUGCUAAUGUGCAGGAAAAUGCCAAGCCCAGUUUCCCCGUUGAGUAUUUACUGGUGUCGCUGACGGCAGGUAUGCCUAUUCAACCAUCUCCACUGUUCAAGAACAGCCAGUUUCCCGUCGAGAAUCGAGAAGCGGUAGCAGAAGGACAGGAUCCCAAAGACGUGGCCAAGCAACUCAGUUCGAAAAAGCUCGAGGCAAUCUCAGACUUCCAUCUCCUAUGCUAUCUUCGUGGGAUGGGGAUAUUCACCGAGGUUGAGGAGAAAAUCCUGUGCAAAGUGGCAACUACAGGUGACCAGGUGGAUGCAGCUCAUCUGACUCAGACAGAAGGCUGGGGAACAUUGACGGCGAUACUCGAUUCAUAUGGUGAGCGGUCCUUGAAGCGUCCUUGGUCGCUAGAAUCAGACAGCGAGCUUUCCAACCCUGAGAGCCCAUCAGAAGGUCUGGCUAAGAGAUUCAAACAGGCGGCUAGUCUUGAACGCUAG